GCUCUCGGCUCUGUUGUUGUUUUCGCUCCAGCCUCAGCCCGAGGUCUAGGCCGCUCCCGGGCUGUUCGCAUGCAGCACAAUGGUUCGGCGUCUCCUGGUUCUGUGGAGGGAAGCGACAGGGAGCGCCAGCCGCCCCUGUCCUUCAGCCAGCUGCCCAUCGCCACCACGACGCGAGUGAGACGCUUCAUCCAGGAGCGGCGGGCGCUGCCUCUGCCCAGAGUGAUGGUGGUGUUCUCGGCCGCGGGGGACAGCGACAAACCGGGCAAUGCCAUGAUCAGCUCGGACUCCCCCGAAGGCAGCGCUCGGAAGGCUCCCCCCUCGUCCCCGGGCCCGAACCUGAGUCUGACCAGGCCUCUCCGGUCUUCUCUUGGGGGACAGGAGCAGGAGUUCCCUGAGAUCCUGUCGCUAAACGUUGGGGGCACAUACUUCACCACACGCCUGUCCACGCUGCAGCGCUAUGACGACACCAUGCUGGCCGCCAUGUUCAGUGGACGCUACCACAUACCCCAGGACUCCGAGGGACGCUACUUCAUCGACCGCGAUGGACACUACUUCGGGGACGUCCUAAACUUCCUACGAGAGGGAGAGCUGCCACCCCGAGAGCGUGUGCGAGCGGUGCACAGGGAGGCUCAGUACUACUCCAUCGGACCCCUGCUGGAGCAGCUCGAGGACACUCAGCCUCUGACUGGGGAGAAGGUCCGCCAGGCCUUCCUCGACCUGCUGCCCUACUACAGAGACAACCUAGAGCGUAUCGUGGAGAUUGCCAAACUACGCGCCAUGCAGAAGAAGGCCCGCUUUGCCAAGCUGAAGAUCUGUGUUUACAAAGAGGAGAUGCCCAUAACGCCGUACGAGCGGCCGCUCUUUAACUCUCUGCGCUUCGAGCGCUCGGACAGUGAGGCUAAGCUGUUUGAGCACCACUGUGAGGUGGACGUGUCGUUUGGGCCGUGGGAGGCUGUGGCAGACGUCUAUGACCUGCUGCACUGUAUUGUGAGUGACCUGGCAGAGCGUGGCAUCUCCGCAGAGCAGCAGUGUAUCGGAGUGUGUGACAAACACCUCAUCAACCACUACUACUGCAAGAGACCCAUCUACGAGUUCAAGAUCACCUGGUGGUGACACAAUGAGACAUGUACCUACGCUGAGGACCAAGCCUGCAGCUCCAAUACAAUCCUAUGGAUGUGUAAUGCCCUACUUUAGGUUUAAGAGACUUUAUAUAGCUGUAGACAAUAGCUACACAUCAAAUGUUUUAUUUCAGGUUAAAAACUGUCAUGUAGAACACUUGACCCACUCUAUGCCUCAUGUAAGUUUGUGAUGGUUUCAUAAAAACUAACCAUUGUUUAACCAAUGCUGCAGCUCAGGGGCCAUAUAAAGCUCGUUUAAGCUCCGCACCAGGUUAGAACUGCUGUGUAGAACUUUAUGAUCCCAAUUCCUCCUCACAUUUGCAACGAUGUCCACAGCAAAACACUACUUCCAUUUGAAUCCUACUUUUAAAUGUGCAAGAGCUACACAUAAUCCACUACGGAGCUAUGAAGUGUUGUUUUAAACUGAAUGUUUUCUAAGAGCGUUGUCGCUCCAGGCCAACACUGCACUAUCACAACAGAACCCUGACUGUUGCUCUUGCGUUUAUGUUAUAAUAUAGAUGUUAUUUAUUUAAUAUUGUCUUGCAUAAAUGUUUUUAUAUCCAA